CUCAAACAAUAAGAGGCAGGACUUAUAUUCCAUGCGAUAAGCCACCAUUAUCAGCAAUACACAGGUCUAGAAAAUGCCAUAUCCCUUCGUUCUUCCCACGACCUCAGCGUUCUCCUUCUCGUCCAGCUGCACUUGCGACUCGCACCCCUCGCUGCCCCUCCAGGCGAGCACUCACCGCGGCGUCGUGCGUGACGCCCUGAAGAAACACAAGCGCUUGCCCCCAGCCUCUCAAGCUCCGUCCCUCAGAACUGUCACCGCCGCUCUCCAGAACUACCUACCCUACCUCUUCGCCAUCGAUGCUGGCCUCUCUAACAAGACCAUUCACUCGGACGAAGUCAUGAUCACCCUCAAGACCAACCCCCAAAUGGAAUGGCGCCCGACCCUCUCCAGUAACGUCCUUCUGGGGCGGGAGCUCCCGCGCAUAAAAGUACAUUCCCUCGAGCACGAGCUCUUCUUCGCCCUCUCGACCCUCGCAACAACCCACACCCUCCAAUCCCGCGUCGCCCUCCAGCCCCUCUACCAAACCACGACCGCCCCCGUCGGCACCGCCCAGCGCCAAACCGCCAUAUCAACCGCCACCCGCCACCUCCUCGACGCGGCCUCAAUAUACGACUACCUCUGCGCCCGCUCCAAUGAAUCCCUCACCACGCCCAACGCCCCUUCCUGGCCAUGCGCCGACAUCUCCCCUUCCACCCUCCGCGCCCUCCGCUCCCUCGCGCUCGCCGAAGCGACCCUCCUCGCCGUUCUGAAAGACGACCCCUACCCGGCCGCCGUCGCCCAGGCCCGCAAUCCGCACGAUACAGAGUGGAUGUACAAGGCCCCAGACAUCCCCAAGGUGCGUGCGCACCUGUUUGCGCGGCUGUGCCUCGCUGCGGCGGAACACGCCGCGCAGGCUGCCGCGGGGUUCUCGUCAUCGAAUUCUUCUUCACCCUUGGGAAAGGGAGUGGGUGCUGGAGGCGGGAUCAGCGAGGGCUUGGUGCGGUACGUGGCGGAUCUGCGGCGGGCGAGUCGAGCGCGGGCAUGUCGGUUCUUUGGGAUCGACGCCGAGCUUGGUGGGGAGACGGGGGCGGGAAUCGCGUGGCUGAGGGCGGGGCUGGCGGAGCUGGGUGUUGAGAGGAAGGGGGAGGACGGCCACCGCGAGCGGGGUGGCUUCAGGGGGCUGAGGAAGGAGUGGAGCGAGCGGAGGGAGGAUAAGAAGGUUGAGCGGGGCCGGGACUGGGGCGCGGAUGGGGGCCGCCUGGAGGAGACGAGGGUGAUUGAGAUGUUGGAGGCCAAGUGGACGAAACAGAAUGAUACGAUGCUUACACAGCCGAUACCCCCUACCACAUCGCUACUCGCGCAGAUGCCUUCGGGGCGUGAGAUCCACACCAUAAAGCCAUUUCAUCCGCCAAUGUUGAGCCCCGACGUAUUGGAAGCGAUGCGGGCGCCGCCGGAUAGGGCAGACGAGGUCGACGAUUACCCUACUUCGGAUGAAGAGACGACGGUGGGUUCUGUUCCAGGGGCGUUUCCAGGGAGCUCAGCGGGCCUGAAAUCGGGGACGCCGGGCUACUUUUGAUUAUGGUCAUUAUCGAAUGCAGGCAAGCUUUUGCAACACUUGUGCCGC